AUUAUACAUGUGUUCGGGUAUAAUAAUGAAUGCAUCUCGACGAACGACGCCCGGCAGCGAAACAUCGCCCCAUACAGCUUGCCGGACUUCUGUAUUCUGGUAUUAAGUGUGAGCCUUCUGGACCAAAGAUAUCUUUUGGCGAAAAAUUUUCACUUAGAAGACUGACAGGGAAUUAGUGGCCGACAUCAUCACGACAUGGCAAAUCCUCGUGGAGUCAUUGCUGGGAUUCUAAUGCUUCUCGUUGGAGCUGGGAACGCCUAUACAGAGCACAUGAGCGAACAGUGCGGUGGAACCAUCAAUGCUGGCCGCUCGGGGGGCAAUCUGGACUCCCAGUCUCGUGUAUACUACGAUAAUAACGUGAAUUGCACGGUCGUUAUCACAGCCGACAUCGGUCGACAGAUCUUACUCACCUUCAGUACGGUCGACAUCAAGGGCGGACAGGGUUGUAAGGAGGACUACCUGCAGGUCUAUGAGGGAAAGUCAGUUGACGUCUCUUCGACUCUAAGGGUGAUUUGUGGCAACGAUGACGCGGAUAUUGUUUCUUCAACAAAUGCCGUUACUUUGAAGUUCAAGACCGAUUCAUCCUCAAAAGGAAAAGGUUUUUACACCACUUACACAUCCUUCAAGAGAAUCGAGGACUUUAUGUCCUGUGAUUCGGACGAAUUUGAGUGCAACAAUAAACGUUGCAUUGACAAAAACCUCAAAAACAACAACUUCGAUAACUGCGGUGACUAUAGUGAUGAAGACCUUGUCAGUAACUUCGGUGACACUAUCAACAAAUUCCUUGGUCUUGCCACUGGUGCGCUCAUUGGCAUCAUCGUGGGCGCCAUCUUGGUCGUGGUGCUGAUCUGCGUCUGCGUGGGAUGUAUCUGCUACCACUGCUGCUGCAAGAAAACCCAACCACAGACCUCGUACAAAGUUGUGUCCCAGACUCAGCAGCAGCAACAACAACCCCCUAUGGCCAUGCAACCGACCGGGCAGCCGGUCUACCCACCCGGCCAACCAGCACCUUAUCCUGGUCAACAAGUCUAGGCAUAUAUUUGCAUAUACGGCCGGCGACGCCACUCAUUUUGCAGCCCCAAUCGUCAAUAAAGUAGCUGACUAUAAACAACUUGAAAACACAUCAAAGUCAAGUAUCAGUUUGGUUUCUAGAGGCGCUCUUGCCAAUUAAAAAACCUUAUGCCAUAUCUAUUUUAUUUUUGGUGGAAUGACGUCAAACAGCGUCUCCUCUAGCUGCGACUGUAUCUGUGAGCGUUUUUGAAACGAGUGAAUUCGGCGGAGCCUUUGGUUUCGCUGGUUCCAGUCAGAGUGUGAACAUGUGUUUUCGAACGUUGCUUCAAAAUGAGUGUGAAUAUGUGUUUUCGAACGUUGCUUCAAAAUGGCUGGAACCAGCGAAACCAAAGUCUCAGCCGAAUCUACUUGCUCUGUGUCUUAAGCCUUGCCUACUGUCGACAUGCGUUUCAAUUAUGUGGAAACCAGGCUUAACAUUUCGGUUGCGUCGAACACAACCCGUCAGUGCCAUUUUUCACAAAAUUCGCCCCGUCUGUAUUCUGAUUGGGUUUUUCCCAGCAACGUGCAUAAAAUUUGAUAAAUUAUGCACAUAAUGAUGUUACGCAGACUCAAUCUGGUUCAGUAUGUUAAACAAAACGCCACAUUCUUGCUUAGACGGCCGGGUCAUGUGGUCACGUCAGACUUUAACAAUGUGCAUGUAUUGUGUAGAAUAAGGUAACAUAAUAACCAAUGCUUUACUGGGUUUUUUUUCAAAGUUUCGAAUUGGUAAAUCGCUCUUCUUUGGGAACCCAAUAACGCAAUUUAAAAAAUGCUGUCAAGCUGAAACAAAAUGGAACAAUCUGAACGUUAAACGUGCAUCUGUAACUGUAGAAGAGAUCUUUGGUACAAUUACCAGUGCAGCGUAAUCUUGAAAUUGUAAUAAGGAGGUCUUUAAAUACUAAUUGUGUCGUACAUCACACUGAAAUACGUGACUGUUUUGCUGUGAUAUUUUGGUAGUGUUUUAGCUGAAUUUUUUCGUCAUGAAUUUGAACUAUAAAAAGUGCGUGGUUACUUUUUGCGCAGGUAUAUGAUGUACUUUUGGAACAACCCAGAGUCAGUUCCUUGAGGUGAUUACCUGUUUGAUUUUAAAAGUUAUUUUCCUAAUGAUCCAAUCGCUGAGCUAUUCUCUGUGGACCAGAGAAUAACUCAGUGCAUAGACAUAGACUUAGUUACAUAGACUUCACCCUUCCAAUACAGCCCAGCAGCUAACAAAGUAGUUUAUAGAAAAAGCCAAAAAGGGGGCAAUGUGCCCGCCCGCUUCCUUUCUGGAGAAUUAUGAGACCCCCCCCAUUUUGUUUACUACGAUAGAAAAAAAAGGCCGAAAAAAGUUAAUCAAUUCAUCAGAAAUCAAAUUCUCAGGUGUCGCAACUUCUAACUUCAAACUCUAACAGUUGUACUUUCCGAAUCCUGCGGUCAACUAUGCAAUCUUCAAAUUUGUUAACUUGGCCGCAUUUGGUGCUCGACUAUAUCCAGGGUGACACGCCCCCCUCCAGAAUAGCAAGGAAGUUGAAGGUCAUCAUAAAUUCCUGUCAGUUUACGAGUAAGAUAAUUUUAAAUUUGCGAUAUAUUUAAUCUAAAAAAUAAAGCCACAGGUAAAAACAAAUGAAAAUGUGGCUUGGAAUCCAAAAUAUCCUAGCAUCACCUCCAUUUAAAAGAUCACAUUGAAUAAGGUGGAUGCAGGGAACAAGAUCGAAAAUGCCUUUCCCUGGGAAAAGGUCAAUGGCGGUAAACAAGGCGGCGUAGUUUAACGUUUACUGCCGUGCAGCACUGCCAUCCAUGACUGCCAUUCAAUAUUAUUUCUCAGACCUCGAGGUGGGCUCUGUCUGUAGGUAAGCCCAUCCAUAGCGCCCUAUCUGUUCGUACUAAUAGGGCAAACCAACAUCUUUACCCUUCUCAAGUGUGUGACCAAUGGUUUUUGUCUUUUGGGGCGAUUUGCGAAAACUGUUUCAUACAAAAUGAUAUGUUUUGUUUAAGGCAUCCGUUUGUUGAAAAUUUGAAGCAUUCGUGUUUAAACUUAAUCUGAAAUGAUUUAAAAACCUUGCUAUCAAAUGAAUACCGUCUACAAGUAUAUAGAACUGUAUUUAAUCAUAUUUCACAUUUUUGUCAUAUUUAGUAUUUUUUUUAGCUUAGAACUUGCAGUAACAGUCUCUCUAAAAAGUCAUUAACUGUAUACUAAGAUUAUUUCGUCAUGCAGGAUUUUCUGAAUCCUGCAUGAUUACGUAGAGUGUUUUCGAAUGCCUGUUCUUGACAACACUAGGGCUGAGUUCGCGCGGCUUGUUCCCGUAUGUUCACAAACAAAUCGAUUUGUUGUUUGUGGGUCGGUCGGUGAACGCUGGGGCUGCAGUGGCAAGCAACGUGUAGCAUGACGGCGGCCAUGUGCGUUAUUCGAGAGUUAAUGUUUGGAUGGGCUGAAUUCUUUUCUAUUUAAGCAGGAACAUUCAUUUCUGUGUUAUGGA